CACGUUGAAAUGGAUUUCACUGGAAAAGUUGUUAUUGUGACUGGGGCCAGUUCUGGUAUAGGUGCAGCGUCUGCUAUACUGUUCGCUGAAUACGGUGCAACUUUGACUCUGGUAGGCAGAAACGAAGCCAGACUCCGAGCUGUCGCCGAGAAAUGUCACGCAGCAAAAGGAAUCAGCCCCUUAUGUGUCAGAAUAGACCUUACCCAUAAAGACAGUUGCGCUGUGGUAGUAACCAAAACUGUGACCGCGUUCAAAAGAAUCGAUGUCCUUGUCAACUGUGCCGGUAAAGUUCUCAUAGGUUCGCUCUUCGAUGAAAAUAUAGAGGCAUUUGACGAGAUGAUCAAUAUUAAUCUUCGAGUUCCGUACAGUCUCUCGCAUCAGGCUCUGCCGUACUUGACGAAAACCAAAGGUAACAUUGUCAACCUCACAGCCACUAAGUACGCAAGAGUCAGACAUGGGUUUAUGGGUUAUUCGGUUGCAAAAGCUGGACUUCAGAAAUUCACCAAGAUUGCGGCAAUAGAAUUGGCCACAGAAGGUGUUCGAGUAAAUUCUGUGCAACCAGGAUUGACCAGAACUAAUAUCCUGUCAAAUCUGGCGAUGUCUGAGGAAGAACGGCAGGUAGCCUACGAGAGGCUCUCGCAAGACAUGAAGAUUAUUGAACCCGAAGAGGUUGCUAGGAUGGUUGUCUUCGUAGCGAGUGGGAUAUGUCCUAAUUUGAAUGGUGCAGAUUUGGAUUUAGAUGGUGCAACCUCUGUUAUGUGA